UCUCUUCCCCUUUCCCCAGGAACACUCCAUCCCCGGUGUCUCUCAACAACGUCUCUCCCAUUAACGCAAUGGGCAGCUGUAACAACGGCCCGGUCACCAUCCCUCAGCGCAUUCACCACAUGGCCGCCAGCCAUGUCAACAUCACCAGCAAUGUGUUACGGGGCUACGAACACUGGGACAUGGCCGACAAACUGACAAGAGAGAACAAAGAAUUCUUCGGCGAUCUGGACACACUGAUGGGGCCCCUGACCCAGCACAGCAGCAUGACCAACCUCGUUCGCUACGUUCGCCAGGGACUGUGUUGGCUGCGCAUCGAUGCCCAUUUGUUGUAGUGGGGGCCCCCAUCUCCAGCACCACCACCCAUCACUCUACCUCUACCAGAGCACCAAUGGUCACUGGUGGAACUCCACUCACUUGGGAAAGUUCUCUUUGCUUAUGUUUGUUUUUACGCUUCUUUUGAUAUCUGUGAAAAACAGAAGUCAUUGUAAGUGGACACUACAACUUGAGAGCAGUUUGUUUUAUUACUUAGUCAUUUUUCAGUAUUUUAUAUGCAUUUCUCAGAUCCCACCAUCCUUUUGUGCUUGAUACAAUGAUACAGUCCCUACAGUAUUGUUUUAAGCCCACACUACCCAAAACAAAAAAUGGGAAGUACUUGUGAUGAUAACAUUUUCCUGAGAAAUGAAAUGUCUUACAUAUAUA